UCGAGGGGGGGAUAGAGGCCUGAGAAAUAAAAAUGGCUGAAAGUGAGGAGUCUAAAGCUACCUGUACGUUUUUCUUUAAAAAAACGAACAAAAAAGUCUCUGUUCGGAAGCGAAAAGCCAGCGACAGCGAGAAAGGUAGCAGCAGUGAUGAAGGAGGACAUGCAGUGAUACGACGGGAGAAGAAGGCCACUAUUGCCAAUCCCAUGAUCCAGGGGACCAAGAAGGCGGAGAAAGAGAAAGUAGCCUCCAGUGACAGCGAAGGUGAAAAGGAGGAUCAGAAGAUGACGAUAGCUUACAAAUCCACCAAAUCUGCUAAACCAGAAGGGCCAGAGGACAUGGGUGCUACAGCGAUCUACGAGCUAGACACGGAAAAAGACAAGGAUGCUCAGUCCAUCUUUGAGCGCAGCCAGAAAAUCCAGGAGGAACUGUCAGGGAAAGAAGAUGACAAAAUCUACCGAGGAAUAAAUAAUUACCAGAAGUUUAUCAAACCCAAAGACACAUCCAUGGGGAACGCCUCUUCAGGGAUGGUCAGGAAAGGUCCCAUCAGAGCUCCAGAGCACCUGAGGGCAACAGUGAGGUGGGAUUACCAGCCUGACAUCUGCAAGGACUACAAAGAGACGGGCUUCUGUGGCUUUGGAGACAGCUGCAAGUUUCUCCACGACCGCUCGGACUACAAACAUGGCUGGCAGAUCGAGAGGGAACUGGAGGAGGGGCGCUAUGGGGCAAACGACGAUGAGAACUACGAGGUGAGCAGUGAUGAAGAGAACCUGCCCUUCAAGUGCUUCAUCUGCAGGGAAUCCUUCAAAAACCCCAUCAUUACCAAGUGCCGUCAUUAUUUCUGCGAGAGAUGCGCUCUGCAGCAUUAUCGGAAGUCCAAGCGCUGCUACGUGUGUAACCAACAAACCAAUGGGGUGUUUAAUCCGGCCAAAGAGCUGAUUGCAAAGAUUCAGAAACAUCAGUCAGAGGAGACCGAGCAGAUCCACUCAUCAGAUGAGAAUUAGGACAAGUAUAUCUUUGUCCUCUUUCAGAUUCAAUUGACUUUACAUUUGAUCAUUCUUUUAAACAAGUCUUGUAUUUUAUUUUUGGUGUCCCUAUUGUUUUAGUGUAUUUGCCAUCUUGUACAGUCUCAUUUGUUUUUUGGAAUAAAAUACCGUCUUUAUUAUCAUUUA